AGAUUGUGAAGGGUUCCUGAGUAAGCAGCGUGUCUCCGUCCCCCUCUCUAGGGGCUCUUGGAUGGACUUUGCACUCUAGAAGGAACAAUGGACUUCUGGCUUUGGCCACUUUACUUCCUGCCAAUAUCAGGGGCCCUGAGGAUCCUCCCAGAAGUAAAGGUAGAGGGGGAGCUGGGCGGAUCAGUUACCAUCAAGUGCCCACUUCCUGAAAUGCAUAUGAGGAUAUAUCUGUGCCGGAUGGCUGGAUCUGGAACAUGCGGUACUGUGGUAUCCACCACCAACUUCAUCAAGGCAGAAUACAAGGGCCGAGUCACUCUGAAGCAACGCCCACACAAGAAUCUGUUCCUAGUGGAGGUAACACAGCUGACCGAAAGUGACAGCGGAGUCUACGCCUGUGGAGCAGGCAUGAACACAGACCGGGGAAAGACCAAGAAAGUCACCCUGAAUGUCCACAGUGAAUACGAGCCAUCAUGGGAAGAGCAGCCAAUGGCUAAGACUCCAAAAUGGUUUCAUCUGCCCUAUUUGUUCCAGAUGCCUGCAUAUACCAGUUCUUCCAAAUUCGUAACCAGAGUUACCACACCAGCUCAAAGGACCAAGGUCCCUCCAGUCCACCACUCCUCCCCCACCACCCAAAUCACCCACCGCCCUCGAGUGUCCAGAGCAUCUUCAGUAGCAGGUGACAAGCCCCCAACCUUCCUGCCAUCCUCUACAGCCUCAAAAAUCUCAGCUCUGGAGGGGCUGCUCAAGCCCCAGACGCCCAGCUACAACCACCACACCAGGCUGCACAGGCAGAGCCCUCUCCAGGCGGGCCCGCCGACUGGCCGUGAGGAUGCGCGCCCUGGAGAGUUCCCAGAGGCCCCGCGGGUCGCCGCGACCGCGCUCCCAAAACAACAUCUACAGCGCCUGCCCGCGGCGCGCUCGUGGAGCGGACGCUGCAGGCAAGGGGGAGGCCCCCGUUCCAGGCCCCGGAGCGCCGUUGCCCCCCGCCCCGCUGCAGGUGUCUGAAUCUCCCUGGCUCCAUGCCCCAUCUCUGAAGACCAGCUGUGAAUACGUGAGUCUCUACCACCAGCCUGCCACCAAGAUGGAGGACAGUGAUUCAGAUGACUACAUCAAUGUUCCUGCCUGACAACUCCCCAGCUGUCCCCCAACCCCAGGCUCAGACUGUGGUGCCAGGGGGUCUCAUCUGUCUGCUGAUGUCCAAUACCUGCUUCAUGUGUUCUUAGAGCUCUCAUCACUUCCCAUGCCCCAUCUCGACUCCCAUCCCCAUCUAUCUGUGCCCUAAGCAUGGCUCUGCCCCCAGGUCCUCUUGCACACCUUGGCAGCCCCUUGUAAUUGACAGGUAAGCUGUAGGCAUGCAAAGCAAUUGUCCCAAUGCCACUUGCUUCCUUUCCAAGCCAUCGAACAGGCUGUGGGAUUUUCAGAGCAUUUCUUCCGUAUCUUUGACCACAAGGUUAUUGCUGCCCAGGCUCUAGAUCAGAUGGCAUCAGGCUGGGGCAGAGGCAUAGCUGUUGUCUCGGGCAUCCUUCCCAGGGUUGGGUCUUACACAGAUAGAAGGCUCUUGCUCUGAGUUAUGUGGACAUGCCUCAGCCCCAUGGACUAGGCAGGGGUCUGGUAUAAAAACACUCCUGGAAAUGCCUUUGCCCUGAUCCAAAUGUUAGCACUUGCUAGUGAAUGUCUACUUAUCUCAAGUUCUAUGCUAAAGGCAAUUUGUCUUGAUGUGAUGAUAAACCAAACUUAUUAGCGAGAUAUGCAUAUAUAUCCAUAAAUUCUCUUUACUCUGUCUCCAUCACUCGAUGCAUAUAAGUGCCCUGACCUCAGCAUCUUCCCUCUAAAAAAAAAAAAACAAAAAAACUAUUUGUCAUCUCUUUAUCUUUCUUCCAUAGCCUGACACUGAUAUUUGUGCACUUACCUUAAAUUUGGUCUAUUUUAUUCAUCCAAAACCAUUACAUUUCUUGGCUUUCACAAAUGUUCCCCAUUUCUUAGCCGGUUCCAGACAAUGUAUAGCAAGGAGGGGAAGGAAAGCAGUCAGGAGUUCCUGGGUGGCCACGGCUCUGCAAAAGCACUUAUGUCACGGAAGAGAUAUCUCACCUCCUACAUAUACUCUUUGCCUAGGUUUUUGGAACAAGAUUAUAGUCACACACUGUAUCUUUAGAUUGAUGUCGACCACAAAGUUCAGCCAGAGCUUGAGGCUAGAUGCACAGCCUUGCUAUUGGGAAGAAGGCCUUUUCCGGCUGUACAAUACAGUCUCACUGGGCAUUCAUCCAGAAAUAGAGAAGGAAGUCUGCCAGACUUGAGUUAUGUUGUCUUUUAUUAGCAGGGAAUGUCAUCACACAUUGGACAGUACAUCCAGGUGCAAUGUCACCAUCAGGAAGGUCAGCUUGACACUCAAGUGGCGGAUUAGGGAAGAAUGACUAGGUUAAAAAAAAAAGGAGGGCACCAAGGGAAAGGGAUGAUGGGGUGAGCUGGUGAGUGUGGGUGGGAAAUGAAAUGUUUAUUGAGGAUCUGCUUUGUGCUGGGCAGUUUAAUCCACAUUUUAUCAUUUACUUUUCAAACCGAUGCACCUUACCCCCACCCCAAUGCUCUGUCCCUGUAGAUAUCAGAAGACAGUGUGAUUUUCAUGCUCUAAAGCUCGGUUUUACAUCCCAGCAUCCCUCUCUGUUUUUUAACAAUCCAAAGACAGGCCAAAAAAAAAAAAAAAAAAACACCACCGCUUAUUAAGUACUUACUAAGCACCCAUCCACUGCCCCACAGUGUGGCAAGGAUUGCGAGGGGAAAAGAAGUAUGGGGCACAAUAUUCUGCUGCCUUCAUGUAACUUACAGUCUCAUGAAUAAAUAGAACUUCAGUUGAAA